GGCUGCUUUCUCUGCGCCCAGCUUGCUGCGCUCCUCGAGGGCGGGCAGCAGUUCGGGAGAGGCCAGCCGUCGGGGCAGACGGACAAACCGAUCCCCGCGCCCAGCGGACGCAGGGAGGGCGCCCGGCCCCUCUCGAGUCGGACUGUCAGGUGGCAGCUGGAUCUGGUGGGACCCGGACGCCAGCGGACUGGGAAGGUCCCAGCAUGGCGACAGCGGCGUGCGAGCCGGUGGCCAGGACGAGCCUGUCCUCCAUCUCGUCUGGGGAGCUGCGCAGCCUGUGGACGUGCGACUGCGAGCUGGCCCUGCUGCCGCUGGCACAGCUGCUGCGCCUCCAGCCCGGCGUCUUCCAGCUGCGCGGCGAGCAGCUCGCGGUGCCCGGGCCCGGGGAGCCCCAGGCCGCGCGCGGGGGCUUCAACGUCUUUGGCGACGGCCUAGUGCGCCUCGACGGGCAACUUUACCGCCUCAGCGGCUACAUCAAGAGGUAUGUGGAAUUGACCAACUACUGUGACUAUAAAGACUAUAGGGAAACCAUAUUGAGCAAACCAAUGCUAUUCUUCAUUAAUGUACAGACCCAAAAAGACACCUCAAAAGAGAGGACCUAUGCGUUUCUUGUGAACACAAGGCACCCCAAGAUAAGAAGACAGAUAGAGCAGGGGAUGGACACAGUCAUCUCCUCAGUGAUUGGAGAGAGCUACCGACUCCAGUUUGAUUUUCAAGAGGUGGUGGAGAAUUUUUUCCCUCCAGGAACAGAGGUGGUUAAUGGAGACAGUUUGAGCUUUGCCUAUGAAUUCAAGGCAGACGCCUUAUUUGAUUUCUUCUAUUGGUUUGGGCUCAGCAAUUCCACUGUAAAAGUGAAUGGCAAGGUUCUUAAUCUGUCAAGUACAAGUCCAGAAAAAAAGGAGACAAUUAAGUUAUUUCUGGAAAAAAUGAGUGAACCUUUAAUCCGAAGGAGCAGCUUCUCUGACCGAAAAUUCAGUGUCACUUCCAGAGGUUCAAUAGAUGAUGUUUUUAACUGCAAUCUGUCACCCAGAUCAUCUCUGACAGAGCCUCUUUUGGCAGAAUUACCAUUUCCAAGUGUUCUGGAAUCUGAAGACACACACAACCCAUUUGUUUGAUUGGAUAGAACAUUCUCGCUGUCACUCCUACACACCAGGCCUCUGCCAGACUGCAGGUUGAGGGGCAAGAGGAGGUGGGAGGCAGGCACUUCCACCCCCUUGCCAGGCAUGGCUUCUAUAGAGGGCUCCUCUGUUCCUUCCCGGCGAGGUACCUGGCACGCCUGGUAUAUCUGGCUUCUUUCAAGCUUAUGUUACUAGGGUAGAAGGGCGUUGGCCCUGUGACUCAGGGUGGGGUGUCCUCUACUUUGAACACUUCUCCAAAGAGGCAGAGGAAGCUACAGGAUCCUGACACCCUGGGAGCGUUUCUGGCGGCCUCUGUGGGAGGUGUCUGACUUGGAUAUGACCUGUGAUGCGUCCUGAGUCAGGGUGUGACCCUCUGCUUGGGAUAUCCUUGUUUACCGGGGUUGGCAUUGCUUUUCUCUUGCAAAUGUGCUGGGCAAAAGGCUGAUGUCAUUUUUCAUCCUCCCUUGUGAAACCUUACAAGAAACAUUCAAGGUCAGGUUUGCUGGAGAACAGGCCAGGCUGCCACCCACUACCUGGAAUGUGAACCCCAUUCCAUCCUUCUCCACAAGUGGCCCUUCCAGAAUAAAGCCACGUGGUGUGGUGCCAACCAAUGGUAGGGGAGGUAUAACGCAUGUGGCUAUGUCCUCCUUCUUGAAAGCACACCACAUCAGUCGGGCAUUUAAAAUAAGCUUUUAGCAAUCCUCAUACGAAAAGAAAAAUAGAGCAAAGCUGUAUCAUUACCCUAAUGCAUUACUACAUCAGAGCGUUUUCCAUCUUAUAGCUCCACAAAGGAAUUAUUCAACAGAAAAAAAAAAAUCUUACCUACAAAGAAAAACUUGCAUGAGUGAGUCAUUACAUAUGCUCAUACUGGGGAAGUUUUACGGGUCCUGAGUACCAUUUUUCUAUCCUUUUUUAAAAUGUUCUUGUAUACACAUUUUGAUAACACAGUGAUGGCCCUGCCAUUUAAAUUUGAAAUGUUAUGUUGUACGUUUGCACAAUUAAAA